CCACAGUUGGCCCAGGCAAAUGAAAAGCUACGAGAGGAAAUGGCGGCUGGUCCAGCUGAUGGCUUCAAUAUUGAGAAUAUUGAUGGACAUCCGGAAACAUCAUACAGAUGGAUGUGGCCUUACUUGAGAUGAACCGGUCAGAUUCAAAAGAAGAGGACAGCUCAGAAGAGAGCUCACAGGACGGCCCUGAGGACAGCUCAGAGUCCGCAGAUGAAGACUGCGUCCCCUCCGAAGUCACCAUAGACACCAUAAAGCUUCUGAAUGCAGAAGUUCCUGUCUCUGUCCCGAAGUCGUCCUGUGUCGCGUCCCCGUUGACCAGCAAGGAAGACGCAACACCAGGCUCUUCUCCAAGCAGUGUACUCAGUUUUCUAUAGGAAAGCAACUGAGAAGAAUUAGAAACACAAAGGCAAAUUUUUCUCUUGUUCCAUCACUGUUUUCCAAAAGCAGAAGAGACAUCUCAAACAAUGGUUCACAGAAAAUGAUUUCACUUAAGUCCUGUAUGCCUUGAAGUGACAAUAUAAUGCAAAUCGUUGCAUAGGAUGGUCCCCUCACUGGUUAUAUGCAGCUAUGUGAAAUAAUGGGUUUCUUAACCUUUGAAACUUGUGUAUAACUAUGAUAAGCAGGCCAGAAUAGGGCACCAGAUCCCAUUACAGAUGGUUGUGAGCCACCGUGUGGUUGCUGAGAAUUGAACUCAGGACCUCUGGAACAACAGCCAGUGCCCUUAACCUCUGAGCCAUCUCACCAGGCCUCCCCUCAUCUCUUUUUAUCAAGAUAUAAUCUGAAUUCAAAAAUAGUUUUAGGGAUAAACAGAGAUGCUAUGACUACACAAAUUUGUACAACAGAAUAUUACUACUGAUUCAUAUCUAAAGUAACCUGUAUCCCCAAACCCUAGUGAACUAGAACUAAAUGUACUAGAUGAUUUUCUGUUGCUCGCUGUUUUGAACUUUGAAAGUAUAAGAGUAGUCUACCAAUUUGGCCUCUGGCCACUGGGACCUUGGUUAUGUCACAUCACAUCAAACAGCAUCAUGUCUGGGACAUGAAUGGUCGACUACAAACCUCAUAAGGUUUCCCUUUGCUAUCUAUACAAAUAAAACACAGUUGUUGUGACAUGUACAAUCUUAUUCAGACCCCAAACACUGACUCUAAUAAGUAAUGGGUUUUUGUAUUUACACCGUACAGAUAUUCAAAAUGGUUGCCAUGAAGUAAUUUUAUGAACUAUAAUUUGAUUCAUUGCAAAUUUGCUUUAAAUGUAAGAUAUUUUUACAUUAUAGCCACCCACCAUGCUAACUUAACUGCCUUCUCUGUGUGUUGGUGUUGGUGUUGAGCGUUGACGGGGCUGGCCUGUUUUGUUACUACCUUCUUUAGAGGUGGUAGUCUGUAAAUACUCCCUGCCACUCCCUGCCAUUGCCACCCGGCAGGUGUUCAAGAGUUCUGUCUUCUUGGGGGGGGGACAUUUUUGUUAUCUCGGCCCUGGUUUCCCUGUCCGUGAAUGCUCAAGGCAUGCCCCGGAAGAGAGCCUUACGGAUACUGCAGACCUCCCCACGCCCACCCGCAUUCAUUCCCGUUCUUCUCUGGCAAUCGAGUGUGCAGGUUGUUGCCUGCACGCGCGGCGGUGCCAUGGCUGGAGGCCGGUCAGGCCGGGUCCAUCCUGCCGUCAGUGAGAAAAGUCUCUUCUCUAGCGAUCUGAGGAAGGUGCGUGCUCUUGCGGUCUGUUGGGGUUCCCUUCUGCAUGGUCCCCCUCGACUGCCUGCCCUAACCGCCCUAUGUGUAGCUUUGGCCGGGUGUCCACCCUUGCCCGUCUCCGGGGAAUCCCGAGUGUUUGUGCCCCUUUGGCUGACCGAUAGCCUGUAGUCGAAAUUACUAGUAUAAACAGAAGGAAAAUAGGGCUAUGUAUCCCCACAGGCAUCAGCACUCUGGGAUUUUUUUACCAGACUCAAAUACACCAUCUCCGACUUCACUUGAUAAAUCAGAAGCAGCAUUUCCAUCAGCCAUAGACAUUUCCACUGGAUGAACACACCUCUCGCUAUCCCACACUGGUAACUCAGCAUCUGGAGGAUAAACACACACAGCUCCCCUUACCCUAGCCAGAAUCGGGGCAGCGUCUUUCCAAAUACCUCUAGACAGAUCUUUUCACCUAACCUGCGCCUGUUCCAUAGGUCGGCCCUGAAAAUGUCGGGUUGUGGCUAUAAGGUGUAGUGAGAAGCCAUUCCAGCUUUGAUCUGGAAGUUCCAAACCCAUUGAGGCUUCGGUAACUGUCAUGCCUACAAGGCGGGGCCUAGAGAGGACCCUGAAGACUCGAGAUCUGGAUGGGCCAGCUCUCUUUGUUCCUGGACCCUGGUCGCUGGAGGCAGACCGAGCAGAGUUCUCCAGAGAACACCGCCGGACUGCGCCACACCUUUGCGAGUCCCCUGUUACCUAUCCCUUCACUUGUAAGCUACCUCACAAAAUAAACCUCCAUUUUAACUACA